UUUCAAGCACCAAGGCCGAUUGGGCAACCAACACUCUCGUUUUCAGAACGAAGUGUGGACAAACGUAUCGCGUGCCUUUUAUAGGUACCACUGCGACACCAUGCCCCAAUCCUCCUCCCCCGGAGCCUUCAGUGCCGCACCAUCUCCCUCUAUCACCGUCACCUGGCCUCGACAAUUCGCCCACUUCAUCCAACAUGACAACGUCACCUUCUUUACAGUGAACGUUACGGAUCUCUUGCAUUAUGAUCCACCAUGUCCAAACGCCGAGCUCAUCUCUCUGGAGCCGGAUCCUCCUUCUAUCUCCAUGGCUCUCAUCUCUACUUCCCUCCCUCCGCCGCCCGUCGAGUCCACCCCACCGUCGCUCGUUGACGUUGAUGCUGAGGAACUCGCACGCUAUACGACCGACCUGGAGCCCGUAGUUCGUGACCUUAUUCGAGAGUACCACGACGUUUUCCCAUCGUCGUUCUCAUACGCCAACAUCCCACCGAUGCGCGACGUCGAGCAUUCCAUCCAGCUUGUGCUUGACUAUCGUGUUCACCACAAGGCACCCUAUAGACUCUCGAUCCCCCAGGCCACCGAACUCAAGCGUCAGCUUGAGGACCUCCUGAGACUGGGUUUCAUUAAACCCAGCAGCUCCCCGUGGGGUGCACCCGUCCUCUUUGCUCGCAAAGUAGAUGAAACUCUCAGUCUCUGCAUCGGUUAUCACGAGCUCAACCGCUACAGGGUUAAGAACAGCUACCCCAUGCCUCAUUCUGACGACCGCAUAGCAGGCAACCGCUUCUUUACGAAGAUUGAUCUUCGUAGCGGUUACCAUCAGAUCCGCGUCGCUGCAGCGGACCAGCCGAAGACAGUGUUCCGAUCACGCUUCGGCCACUAUGAGUUUACAGUGAUACAUGGCUUCUAUGCCAAGCUGAGCAAGUGCCGCUUUGCCCAGCACAAAGUGGAUUUCUUAGGACACUACGUAUCUGUCCAGGGUCUCCACAUGGACGACGCGAAGAUCACCGUUAUUGUCGAGUGGCCCGCCCCAUCCACCAAGCAGCUUCGCAGCUUCCUAGGCCUCACUAGCUACUAUAGUAAUACGCUAGGUAUUCCUACGUCCUUACCUCCAGCCCCCUCCGGAAGAACCCGCCAUGGGCUUGACACCCCUCCACGAGGACGCCUUUCGCGCCCUCAAGAAGGCGGUGACAUGUGCACCGGUUCUUCACCUCCCGAUUUUGAUCGCCCUUUUAUCCUUACCCCCGAUGCGUCAGACUUUGUUGUAGGAGCAGUGCUUUCACAUAUUUUCCCCUCCUCUCCUGAUUCCUCUCAUCCUCGCAUCCCUCGCUUCCAACGUCCUACCCCUACCACUGCUUCCCGCCUUACGCCUACUCGUCCAGCUACUGACGAGCCUUCUAUUGACUAUUUUCCUACCAUCGCCAAGGACGACACUGUCGAGUCUCGCUUAGGUGAUUGUCCGAUAGCCUUCUACUCCCGUCAGCUCCUUCCUGCCGAGAUAAACUACAGAGUUGAUGAACGUGAGACUCUCGCAGUAGUUUAUGCCACUCACCUCUUGCGUCACUAUCUGCACGGGGCACCAUUCACGGUGCGCACGGACAACCCCAUUGUCCAGGCUUUUCUGACAAAGCCAAAGCUCACUCCUCGACAGGCUUGCUGGUGGCGCGACCUAUCCGAGUUUAGUUUCACCACUAACCACAUCAAGGGUGAGACCAAUCGGGUCGCAGAUGCCUUAUCCCGGCCCCCUGACCAUGAUCUUGAGCAGAUCCAGCUCGUUGCCAUCUUGGUCACCACUGUCCACAACUUGGUGACCGACGAGUUUCGCACUCAGUACCGCCACUGCCCCGACUAUCGCAACAUCCAUGCGACCCUUCGGAGUGGCAAAACCGUCAUGAACUACUCUCUCGGGGACAAUGGUCUUGCAUACUGGCACAGUUCACAGGGCACCAGAGAGCCCCGUAUUUGCGUUCCCUCCACUGGACAGCGUCCCUACCGCAAACCGUCUGAGCGUUUCGCUGGACGACCAUACGAGCGCCCUCCACCCAUCAUGGUGGACGACCACGAAGAGUUCCUCGUUUCAGACAUCAUUGGUCGUCGAGUCACCGACGACAACCCUCCUCAUGCCGAGUAUCUCGUACGUUGGAAGGGUUACCCUGAUGAGGAGGCUACUUGGGAGCCCCUCGAGCACUUGCAACACGCUCACAUGUUGGUGCGCGCCUAUGACCGUGCUCCUCGUGCUGGGUUAACUGCUCCUCCUCAGCCCACUGACCCUCCUCCUUCUCCCUCAGUUGAGGAGACCGCUGAAGUCGAGCCUGCUCCAUCUGAGGCAGACCUUCAGCAGCAGCCGGAUGCUUCUGAGCGUCCACACUGCACUCGUCGUCGUCCUGCUCGAUACGACAAUUGACUCUGACUUAUCUUCCCACGUAUCUGACUUCUCAGUACUCCAUCCACUCCAGUUUUGCCACUUCAGCU